UGACCUGCGCCCACAAAGCGCAGUGAAGAAGCCUCAGGCAAUGAGAGGGGAAAAUGAAGAUGGAGUGGGCUUUAGAUCUAAUGAGACAAAUAGAGCUGAUGGCCGGACACAGGCGAAGCAGAGAGGUGCAGAAGGCGCUAUGACCAGAGACGCUGCCUGGAGGCAGAGCUGAACAAAUGACAGCCGGAUGAAGAACAGAUGAGAAGAAAUGGGGACUUCAGCACAGUGAAAAUCUCAUCUGACUUCAAGUAUGAGUGGACCAGCAGAGAGAGAAAAGAAAAAAGAAAUCACCAGCAAACUCAGGGCUCCUAGGACAGCAAAGGAGGAGGCACUCAGGGAAAGCAGAGACAGGACAGACAGACAAAACCCCAACCAUUUCCCCCAAGGCUGUGUUCCUGGAAAAACACCAGGAACUCUUUUCCAGGAAACUUAGGACCUGGGCUGAAGAGUGGGACAGAAUUUUUGUUCAAUCUUCUUUAGAAUCCGCCACUCAGGGCAGAAUUUUUCAUACUCAUUUGCACUCCCUUGCUACGCCCCUCCCCCAAGCCCGAAACGCGGGGUUAAAUCAGUUUCUCGAAGGGACACAUCCAAGAUCCCUAAUACUUUGGCUUUUUCCUCCCUAAUACUUUGCUCUUCUGAAUAUGCCAAGACGUUGCCCAGCACCUCAAGCUAAGACAUAUUUGGAACUCACUCUCUUCCCUUCACCUUCAAGGAAAACUGGUCUGUGGAUACCCUGCCCGCGCCUGAACCGACCAGCUCUCCAGCGCUGGAAUCGUGGCUGCUCGCGGACCGGAGGAGGGCAGCUGAGAAACAACCCGCGGAGACAACACGCAGCAGUUGUUUCAGCAGGAAGUGUUUAUGGUGGUUUGGUCCUCAAGAAGUUCCUAAAAGAGAUACAAUCUAUACUGCCUGGAUUCGCUGCAAAGCUGAACUGGACUUCAGAGGAAGCCAGCUAUUCUCAGGACACAUCGGGGAUAACAUCCUUCCUCGUGACUUUUGAGGUUGAUGAAAAGCCCAGAACCUUGAUAACAGAUAGUCUGGUUAUAAAGAAUUUUUUACAUAAAAUUGUCGUGGUGCUCCCUAAGUUUAGAUUUAAUUUCAGUGUAAAGGUGAAUGGAAUCCUCUCCAUGGAGAACUUUGGGGCAGAGAAUGAACCUACUUUGAACCUGUCAAACGGAAUUGCUCUUGUCGUAAACGAUCAGCAUUAUGUGAGUACACCAAAGUUUGGUACAACUGAAUUACUCUGCCGCAGAAUCCAUCCUGUGCUAGGACAUCCAGUACUGCUCGUCAUCCCUGAUGAUGUGGCUGGAAUGGGCUUGUUGGGAGAGCUGAUACUGACACCAGCUGCUGCUUUGUGUCCUUGCCCAAAGGUCUCUUCCAACCAACCGAAUAGGAUCUCUUCAGUUUCCAUAUUUCUAUAUGGACCUUCAGGUCUGCCUCUGAUAUUGCCAGGGCAGGAGCACCUGUCUACCGCUAUCUUCAAAGACACCUCUAAUCUCAUUGACUGGAAGAAAUACCACUUGCGAAUGGUGCCCAAUUUGGAUCUCAGUUUAGACAGAGAUUUGGUGCUUCCAGAUGUGAGUUAUCAGGUGGAAUCCAUUGAGGGGGAUCAGUCUCAGAAUAUGGACCCCCAGGGACAAACACUGCUGCUUUUUCUCUUUGUGGAUUUCCACAGCGGAUUUCCAGUCCAGCAAAUGGAACUCUGGGGGGUCCACACGUUGCUCACAGCUCAUCUCAGUGCCGUCCUCGUGGAGAGCCGCAGCAAGGUGCACGAGUCCAUCCAGGUUGCUGUGGACCAGGCCUUGGAGCAGCAUCACCAGGCUGCCAAGGCUCGUCAGAAACUGCAAGCCUCGCUCUCAGUGGCUGUAAAUUCCAUCAUGAGUAUCGUGACUGCAAGCACCAGCAGCAGCUUCCGAAUCUGCCUCCAGACGCUUCAAGCAUCUGACACACAGGAAUUUGCAACCAAGCUGCAUAAAUCAUUUCAUGAGAUCACCCAGCACCAGUUUCUUCUCCACUGCUCAUGUGAGGUGAAGCAGCUGCUCCCAGAGAAAAAUGAUGCAGAGCAGAGCAGAGAGGACAUACAUGAGAACAGCGGUCUGGAGCUCCUCACAGGGACCAGCAGGCAGGCAGAAAUCAAGAAGCUCAAGAGGGGCAGACUCCGCCAAAGCCUGGAGGAGACGCGGACUUUCUACUCACCUGGGGCCCUGAGCCCGUCAGAGGCAGCCCCGCGCCCCGUGGAGCCCACCGCGGCGCCCCUGACCCCUAGUCGAAGCAGGACGGGCCCCGGGAGCGACCUGGAGGACGCGCUGUGGCUGCAGGAAAUCUCCAAUCUGUCCGAGUGGCUGAGUCCCGGCCCUGCGCCCUGAACUGUGCCCCCUCCCCGCGCCCCCGCGCCCGCGGGGGCCGCAUGUAGUCUGUUGUUCAAUAAACCUGCUCCGCGCGCGA